UUUUUAUACAAUUGGAUAUUCUAGUGGAUAUAUUGAAACAGUUGAAGAAUUUGGAUGUCAAGAUACAGAAUUCAGAUUAACAUGUCGUCAUUUAGAUUCACAUAUCGCCAUUUUAGAUGGAAACUUUUAUCCAGAGGAUCCAGAAAAUAGUAAUUUAACAACUGCUUGUAGUAGUGUUUCAUUACAAAAUAAUACAACAAUUGAAGAUAACAAUACUACUAAUAAUAAUGCUUCGUUUAGUAAUGAUACAAGUACAACAAUUAGUACAACUUUAGCCACAAUUAAUACCAAAGAUUAUAGUGUUAAAAAUAUACGAUUAUCGUUAAAUCGGCGAUGUUCGGGUAUAAAUCAUUGCAGUUAUAAUUUAUUAUUUGAUACACCGGGUGGUCGCAAUUGGGGUGCUGGCUUAAUCACAUUCAAAUAUGUUUGCAUAGCAGCUCACCGAAUUACAAGAUAUUGUAAUGUUAAAAUUUUGCUCAAUAAUACUUUCAAUGAAGGUUUUAUACAAUCUCCAGGUUAUCCUAGAUAUUAUGUAGGUGAUAUAAAUUGUAAUUGGAAAUUGAUAGCACCUGAGGGGCAACUAAUACAACUUAUGUUUGUAGAUAUUUCGUUACGAAUUAAUUACACACAAGAUGGAUUUACAUGUGUGGAUCAAUUAUCAGUUAUUGAUAAUAGUCGAUCAAUCUAUAAUUCAUGUUUAGAAGAAGUCUCGUUACAACCGAUGAUGUCAUCGAGUUCACAAGUUGAUAUUAAUUUAGAAAUUAAAUCGAAAAAAAUGUUUCCAAAACGUGGUGUUUUGUUGUAUUAUAAAGGAAUUGGUUGUCCAACAUUAGAUCCACCCAUCGAUGGUUAUUUAAUCGAUCGUAAUGAAACCAUAGCAGAAUACAUGUGUAACGUUGGUUAUAUUUUUCAUGAAACACAAAGUCGUAUAUUUAUUUUACGAUGUGUGGGAGGGAACGCAUGGCAUACUGAACUUCCUGAUUGCAUUAAUACAACGAUUACAAUAUAUAAUUUGAACAACUUAACUUCCAACGAAAUACUAGUUUUAAAUAAUCAUUCGACUGACUUAGCAGCAGCCAAUCAGCACUCAAAUACAAUGCAGAAAGCGAUGCAAAUACAUGAGUAUGUGAUACCAGGACUGAUUAUUUUGGCAUUAUUUUCAGUGAAUGCAGUUAUUGUUUACUUUAUACAUAGACAAAGGAAAAAAAAUAAUGCACAUUUGGCAGAAGAAGAGUUAGCUGUAAUUAGCUGAAACAAAUGUAGCGUUAAGUGGAAGAAAAAGUCGAAGAAAAUUAUGCAAAAUGCACACAGUCAAUAAAUUGAAGAAAAAAAAUUAAAAGA